ACGAAUGCGCAGGCGCGUCCCCUCAGCCCCGGAGAAAGAUGGCCGACGAGAUCAGCAAGGCACAAGUAGCGCAGCCGGGCGGAGACACCAUCUUCGGGAAGAUCAUCCGCAAAGAGAUCCCCGCCAAAAUCAUCUUCGAGGAUGAGAUGUGCCUUGCGUUCCAUGACGUUUCUCCACAAGCUCCAACACAUUUCUUAGUGGUUCCUAAGAAGCCUAUUUCUCAGCUCUCUCAAGCACAAGAUUCUGAUGAAGCUCUUCUUGGACACUUAAUGAUUGUUGGCAAGAAAUGUGCAGCUGAAUUGGGCUUGGCCAGGGGUUUCCGAAUGGUGAUCAAUGAAGGUCCAGAUGGCGGCCAGUCUGUCUACCAUGUACACCUUCAUGUCCUUGGUGGCCGACAACUGGGUUGGCCUCCAGGUUAAGAACUAAGGGAAAGAGAGACUGUUACUUUAAACCAUCUCUUCAGUUAAUUGAACACUUACCUUGAAAAAUCCAACCACUGUCAAUAAACUUUAGUCACUGAACCUUUGUUGAGGUGAAUAACAAAGUUUGUGCAAUCCAUGUUCAAUAAAGUUCUAAGCAUGUUGAAUCA